GCCUUUUUUUAUCCGACGGAUUUUUCCAGUCUCUUCUUCACUGCCUUUUUCCCUCUUCUCUCUCUAGAAUUAGUGCGGUUACUUUUCUCUCUCUAUAUCUAGCGCCGAGAAAAACUGUAUUGUAUGGCCGCCAAUUUGCAGAGCCGAGGAGUCGCGAGCUUUGGGAAGCUAUUCGUGAGCAAGAUCAGCUCAAACACUCGCAACUCCGCUUCCCUCUCUAGGAGGGGUGUACACGUAUCUGUCUACGACAAGAACCCAGAGGAACAUGCCCAGCCAUCUGUGGUCCCAGAUGAAGUAAUCCAGCCCCAAUCCGAUAAGUACUGGGCUCCUCAUCCUCAAACUGGGGUGUUUGGCCCAGACACUGACAACAACCCUGCUACUGCAAGUGGGGAGCGUGGUUUCCACACUGUUGACUCCGUUUUGGAGGAGAAAGCCUUCUUCCGCCCCCUCGAAGACCUGGAGAAACCUCAAGUCCAUCCCUGAUUUCUUCCAGACAGCUAAAUCCUGCCCCCUCUUUAUUAUAAAAAUAUAUGUUAUAUCAGGGUGGGGGACAGAUCAAAACUAUUCUGAAAUAGUACUUAAUACCCAAGGAAAUCCUUGAUCCUUCUAUGUGUGUGUAGUAUAUAAACCUAAGUGCAGUAGAGUUAAUACUGCUGCUAUGUUCAUGUUCAUCUGGUACUGUAAUAAUCUCUGCUACUCUUGCGUACUGAUGCACCUGUGGAUGUGUGUGUCCUUGGUAUGCCUUUAUAUAAAAAAAGUUAGUACUUUUGUCAUCUUUA